UUAAACUGCGCGCUAAAUUUGCAUAAACUGAAAAAUUUAAAUAUGCUGAAAAGAAAAUUAGAAAAACAAGCAGCACUAACUGAGGACAUUAAGCCCAAGGUAACUGCGUUACCUGGAGCCAUCAAUUCGGAAUUGUUUCGACAACCACUUUGGAUGGACUUCUAUGAAAUUGAGUGCACACUGAAUAAGAAAAUUGCUUCACUUGAACCGCCAAAAAAUAUUAAAUGCAUAUACAAUCCGUUAGAAUAUGCAGCCUCAUUGCAUUGCGCUUACCUACGUCGUUUCUUGAAAGGACGCAAGCAAUUAAUGUUCAUUGGCAUGAAUCCAGGUCCAAAUGGAAUGGGGCAGACAGGAGUACCUUUUGGCAACGUUCGUACUGUCCGUGACAUAAUGCAGCUAACGGGCGAGGUACUUCAGCCACCCUUGGUGCAUCCCAAACGGCCCGUGGAGGGACUGAAUUGCAAAAUUGAGGAGCCAAGCGGUGUGCGCUUGUGGGAGCUUUUUCUGCAUUUAGCAGACGGGAGAAUCGAUACUUUUGCAGACCGAUGUUUUGUACACAAUUUUUGUCCCUUGGCAUUCUUCGACGAGCACGGUCAUAAUAUUACACCGAAUGAGUUGAAAGGCGCAUAUAAGCAGCAGAUACGCGACAUAUGUUUGAAUGCUUUAGAACAGUUGCUUAACCUGGUUCAGCCACAAACUGUGGUGGCAGUGGGUCCAAAUGGCACAAGCAAGUACCUGGAAUGCGAAAUAUCCAAGUACUAUAGAGAGUACCUUUCACUUCUUUGUAAUGGAGCUUGACAAAUCUUCAGAAUGUGCGUAACUUGGCACAAAUAUUUGGGUUCUUUGUGUUUGAUUGAUGAGCUGCUGCUUAAGUUGAGCUUAAUCAUAACAAUACGAACAGCAGCAGUGAGUUGAAAUGUAAUGGAUAUCACAGUGAGGAAAUAUCCUUGUCAUCAACAAUAAAACUACUGCAACGGAGUACACCUAAUCACGCUGACGACGACAAAAAAUCAUGAGCAACAAGAAAGGGAAAAAUGCCCAACAAUAAGCCAACACACAAAAACAACAAUAUCGGACGUUGCCACAACAGACAGUAUAAACAUGGGACCGGGAGUAAAGAUCACAUACGAACGUGUUUAAUGAAUGCUCGUCGCUGAAGCAGGCAGCAGAGGCUGAUGGUGGCCUUGCUCUAGAGCUCCUGGUUAUGUCGCCUGUUCUGCCUUCCUAUUGUUUUGUCUGACUCGUAGUUAGUGCAACGCCUGUGGUAUCUAAUUUAAGCAACGCUCGUUAUAAUUACAGCAUUUGCAGCCAAAGGCAACAAAAGUGGUGGAAAAUGAUGCGCACGUGACAUCCGUUCCCAGUAUGCAUUGCUCAGGGUAGUUGGUCAAGAAGUAAAAAUAAUUUACGAAUUAAAACUUUUAGCUUGCAUUAGUCGUUAUUCAUAAUCCGCUAUUGAAUUAAGAAAAAAGGAUAUCACACCAUGAAAUAGUCCGUAGCUAAAAUAUAUUUUAUUUGAUAUCUUGAUCCAUUAA